AUGCCCCCUCCUAAGCUCCCACCCCGGGUGGGAACGGGGCAGGACGGGCGGCCUUGGAAAUCCACAGGGCAAGGAGGCAAGAGAGUGGUGGCCAAGCGGGCCCCGGGAGGCCCCCCUCCUUCAGAGGCACGGGCUGGGUGGGCUUGGCCCCCUGCCCCCACGCCCUUCCCACCCAGGAACUCCCCCUUCAUACGCUCUCCAUCUCUAGGGGGACUUGGUGCUACACGCUGGUGCUUUCACUCUUCCUGCGGGGAGGGAGGAGGGAAGGGCAGCCCGUUAGGUAACCCCCUCCCUGGGGCUCCUCUGAAGAUGGUGCAGACACUUCCUGGGCAGUCUCGCCUCCCCCUGCCCACCAGGACCCACUUCUGGCUGCGGUCCAGUUGGUACCCAAGCAUAGAAACCCUCACGCUGGAUUGGGUCAUGCCAUCUCUUGGCCUCCUUGGCCCCCCUUUCCCCGACCCAUCGCUGUUCCCCAUGUCCGAAGACUCCCCCCAACCCUGUAUUGGGAACAGCCCUCUUGCUCUUGUGGAAUUCAUCCGCCCGUCUGUCCAUCCGUCCGUCCAUCCUUGUCCCGGUUUGGCCGCCCGGCACCCCUAG